GGUGGAGCAUGGCCUUUGGGACCCCACGGUUCUUCCUCUUCCCACCAUCCCCGCUGCGCUGCCUUCGCUGCGGGCACCAUGUGGCCCCACUGCCUCUUCCUUUUCCUUCUCUUCCACAAGACAUGGGCAGAAGCAGAAACCUCAUGCUUUCCCUCAGAAGAAACACAGUUUUUCCAGUUCUUCUUCACGAUGCUCUUGGACAACAUCAGCUCCACAGAACUGACUGGGAUGGCUACGCUGGCAGAUUUACCCAUAAUAGUGCUGGACCCCCACACCUGGAGCUUAAACAUCUGCUGGCCAUGGGUCCAAGAGGUCACAGCUGAUAGUGAAGUGAAGAAGCUUCUGUCCUUCUCCAUGAUCGUCAUACGCAAUGCCAUUCGGUUCUUGCAUGAGAUGGUCACAAAGGCAGGGUUGGACUACCCGCUGAUUUUCCAGAUCCAUGCAGGCUGCAAGCUUUACGCCAAUGGAACGAGAUGGAGCUUUGUCAACGCUGGGGAAGGUGGAAGAGACCUGGUGACAUACAAGAUCAAUAGGGAGCUCUGGCUUCCCCAGACUUCCACCCCUCUGGCCAAGCUGAUAAGCAAAACUCUCACUGACAACCGGGCUGUGUCAGGGCUUUUGGAGGACAUCCUCUCCAGCCCCAUCCCAAAUUUCAUCCUCAUGCUGCACCAGAAAGGGAGAAAAGACCUGGAGAGACAAGUGCCCCCCAUCGCCGUGGUCUUUGCCCGCACUGCCGGCCCAGCACAGCUCCUGCUAGUUUGCCGUGUCACCAGCUUCUACCCGCGGCCCAUCACUGUCACCUGGCUGCGGGACGGCCGGGAGCUGCCCCCGAGCCCAGCACUGAGCACCAGCACAGUGUUACCCAAUGCUGACCUCACUUACCAGCUCCGCAGCACCCUGCUGGUGUCACCCCAGGAUGGGCACAGCUACGCCUGCCGCGUACAGCACUGCAGCCUGGGUGACCGCAGCCUCCUUGUCCCCUGGGAAAACCCCAGUGGGUCUUCCGCUGUUGGCGUCACCAUCACCGUGCUGUUCCUCAUUGCCAUCAUCAUCGGGGGAGUUUGGUGGUGGAGGCGCAGGAAACUCACUGGGUCUGGUAGAGAUUCCCGGAUGUUCCUCAUCUGAUGUCUGCUUUGAACCGAGACCUUCAGUCCCUGCUCCAUUUCCAAGCCAGCUGCACCGAUGGUGGUGACAAAGCAGUGCCACGCCAGUAGGGGACAGAGCAGGACACAGAGGAGUGUGGAGAGAUGGCCAAGCAACAUCCCAGUUCCCAAGUCCAGACCCCAUAAUUUAGGGGAAUUCAUUGCCUUAUGACAAAGUGCCCCUCUCCUCUUACCCUAACUGUGUACUGUGUCCCCAUCCCUGUCCCAGUGUCUCUUCCUCAUCCCUUCCCCUACACCCACCUUAUGUCCUUCCUCUGCCCCCUCAUGGCCCCAGUCCUGUCCCUGCACCCCUUCUACAGCCCAUGUCCUUCCAUGUCCCAAUCUGUCCCUGCCACACAACAUCCUGUCCCUCUUCCACACCGCCUGUCUUUCCCAUCCCAUGCUCCCAUCCUGUCCCUGUCUCUCUUCCCAGUCCCCACAUCACUCUGCUGUCCCUGUGUCCCCUACCCUGUGGCUCUGGGGUGAGGUUGCCUUGUUGGAUCCCAGCAAAAUGGGGAAGAAUGAGACAAAACCGUGAAGUUA